GGGCCAAUAGCAUCACACAUGGGCGUCGUCAGCUGUAGUUCGGUUACGCGGUGGACUCUACUCAUCAACUUUUGGCACUGAACCUAUUUUUAGCAAAGCAAUCGAGCUAGCCACCCAGCUACACAACAAGCGUUCACUUCAACCGUGAACUCUGACCGGACGUUUUUAAAACGAUCGUGUGCGAAUCACCUUUCGGUGAAAUCAUUUCGCGGGCGACAGACUACGGGAUCCGCCAGGACUGGGUUAGCUUACACAACGACGGGGCGCUAAGCUACGUGUUGUGCUAGCUAACGUCAUCCGCUCUAAACCCUUGCAAUCAACAGCCCUGUCCGACGUUAGUUUUGCGGGCUACAACACACUCCCAGCAUGCGGAUGGUGGGAGGAGAUGGACGGGUGCACUAGAAUGAGUGUGAAGGAGCUGUGUGAGACAGAUGACCUGGCCACUAGUCUGGUGCUGGACCCCCUGUUGGGGUUCAGCACCCACAAGAUGAACAUCAGCCCGGUGCCGGAGGUCCGCCGCUGGGGGAACCUGAGGGAGACGCUGCUCCGCUUCCAGCGGCUGCACGACUUCCAGGCCACCUUCGAGGCCCUGACGGAGGGAGAGGAGGCGGGGGCCUACCUCUGCGAGCUGGGCGGCCACCGCCAGGAGCUCCUGAAACAACACGUGUACCGCUACCUCAGUGCCUUCCUGUCAGACAGCGGCGUCCGCAUCGAGUCGUGCGACCGGUACUCCUCCGAGACCAACGGGGCGCGGAUCACCUCCACGCGACACUGGUUCGUGGGGGAGCGUGUGGAGGUCCUCCUGGGAUGCAUCGCCGAGCUUAGCCCUGCCAACAGCGCUGUCCUCCGGGCCGGCGUCAACGACUUCAGCGUCAUGUACUCCACGCGCAAACGCUGCGCACAGCUGUGGCUGGGGCCCGCCGCCUUUAUUAACCACGACUGCAGACCAAACUGCAAGUUCGUCCCAGGUGAGAAGAACGGGGCGUGUGUGGAGGUGAUCCGGCCAAUCGUGCCCGAGGACGAGAUCACGUGCUUCUACGGUGCCAGCUUCUUCGGCGAGGGCAACGAGAUGUGUGAAUGCUGCACUUGCGAGAGGAAAGGAGAGGGCCACUUCAAACUGCGAGGGAAGCUGCCCGACUGCGAGGAGACAAAGGACAGCGGGAGCCAGGCUUACCUGCUCAGAGAGCGCCGGCAGGUGCAGAAGAGAGGCUGCCCCUCGAGACCGCCCUCCCUCGGCGGCGCCCACUCAGCUAUCCCCUCCAGGAAUUCCUUCACCCAACAGAUGAGGAGGAAUGCCUUGAUCAGCAAAAAACUGACUCAGACGAAGAAGUGGAGGAAAGCAAAGCACAGAAGAUCGGAGAAGAAGCCUUCAUCUCCCUCCUCUGCCACACAGGACCGGUCACUUUCACUCCCGUUGCAGAUUCAACUCAAAGAGCUCAGUGUGAGAGUACAGCGCCACACGGUGGAUUUUCUGUUGCACUGUAAGGACCCCAAGAGCAAAGAGAGGGCCCUGCUGCUGAGUUUGGAAGAAGUCAGAACAAAGGUCAACAACGCUAAACUAGUCCCAGUUAACAACACAGAGCCCGGGAAUGGAAAGGCUCAGCGCAAUGUGAGUGUCAGAACACUCGGGGAGGUCAACCUGAAGCCAUUUACUCUGGACUCCUCUGUCUCCUCCCGAAAUAACGGGUCACCGGUUACAGGAGUGAGUGUGAGUCCUUUAACAGUGGUGGACACACCAGUGGUUCACCCGAAGAUGACCACUAGAACCAGAGGGAAGAUUCAGAACGUGUGCGGGGUCCCGACGGGGUCGGGGACCGCAAAGGACCAGGGGACGGUUUGUCCUCCCAAAGACGUGGACAAGAAAAACAAAGCUAACGUCCCCAAACAUAAUAUAAUGGACAACGGCACGCAGAACCAAAGCAUGUCCACCACCAACAGCAAGGGUGCCAGCACUGGUUCUCUGACCCUCAGCGAUGCCUGCACUGCAGUGAAGGAACACAGGCCUUCGGUGCCGGUCUCACCGCACACUGAACAAAAGGCCACCAGGUCUGUGUCGUCGGCCGCUAACAAGACAAUGCAGACCAGCCAGCCUUCAGUGCAGGUCAUGGGAGUGCUUCAGAGCCUCGCAGACAAAUUAGUGAAUAACGUAGUCGGCCGUGGCCCAACCUUGAAGAGGUAUGUUACUGUCCACCUAACGCGGGUGAAGCUACCGCAACGUAUAAAGAGUGAGAGUGAAGAGAACGAGGGCAAAGGUUCACCGGAGAAGGUGAAAGUCCGAACGCCGCCGUCAGACCGGAUCCUCCGCAUUAGACCAGCCAGUCAGACGGCGGCGGCGGCGGCGGCGGCGGUGGGGAAGGCCGAUAGUGUAUCGUCAGUGCAGAAACGAGAUUCCAAGCAGGCGGCGGCGGUGGGUUCAGAGUUCGCCGCCGCCGCCGACAGUAAGAGAGUGGUGAAGGAGAUGUUUUUCAAGCCCAGUGAUAAUGUUAAUCUCAGAUGCAGGCGGGUGGCGGAGCCUGUCAGCAGCCCGCCGUGCGGGGAGGAAAAGACCGUGGAUAAAGUCAUCGAGGUACAGAAAGCCUCAGGGAAAGAGGAGGGUCAGGUAGAGAAGGACGUGAUGGAAAAAGGCUCUGAAGAGCUUGUGAGAACCGUUGUUUCUUCGAAAAUAACUGUUGCACCCGCCAACAGUGAAUCAAUUCAAAAAGAGGUUGAGGGAACUGAGUCUUGCCCUGAGGCAAGCAUAUGGCCGAAGAUUAGCCAACGCAUAGCAAACCCAAAUGCAAACAGUUCUAGUGACAAACCUGACAAACCCGAGGCCAGGGAUCAGAGCGAAGGGUUAAAGAGUAGUAAAGUGGUUGAGGAUGUUAUUAAGGUGUUGCCUAGUCCAGAGAAACGGGAUAUUGCCAUUAAACAGGCAAAAGUUCUGCUUACUGAUAUCUUAAAAAACGUGAGCAGUGAGCGAGAGAAGAAAUCAGAGGCAGUUGAGGUGAUAAAUGAGAUUCCUACCUUAAUUCAUAAAGAAGGGAACGGCGAUGUAAUCAAGAUACUUGAUGGCGAGCCAUGCCCCUUACUGGGGGACAAGGAUUCUCCUCCGGUGGAAAAGAGGCAGUUAAGAACUCUAAGAACCAGGCCUAAACUACCGGUGAAUACCCCAGAAAACAAAGAGAAAGCAGAGAAGCCCCCCAGUAAAGAGGACACUGCGAAAAACGAGCUAGCGGUAAAUCAGGAUAGUGUACCGGGGUUGUCGAGAACAAAAAAAAGCGAGUUAACAAACAGUUCCGACCCACCAACCCCCCAACCGGAGCCCCCGACUCCGCCGAAAGCCACGUCCACUGUCCUCCCAGACAGCAGUUCACAGACCCAGUCUAACAUUCCUCUGAAGAAACGUAUGUUUCGGAAUUCUGUGGACUUGGACUCGGAGCCGGCCCCGAGUUCCCCCCCCCCGGAACAGGUCUCUAAAGAGGUGACCGAGCUCGACGCUCCUGAACAGAAGGCGCUGGACUCGCCUGAUUGCUCUGUCGGGGGCGGAACGGUGACCAGAGAGAGUAAGGUGAGACAAAGGAAAGGGGAAGCUCAGAAAUUGACGACAGGAUGGGCGGCCAAACAGAAUUUCUUUGUUAAAGGAAUUCGCUAUAAAGCGCUAGAGUUUCGGCAAACCCGCCUGUUGAGGAACAUGAGUAAGAUGGUCGAGGCCGAGAAGAGGGAGGUAGACGGGGUGGACCACUGGGAGAAGCCCACCGAGGACAACCAAGAUGAGAAGAUCGUGGUGUUAAAUAGACCGAAACUCGAACUGAGCCACGAUACUAACGCUGGAGCUGAGGAUGCAGUCAUUUCAUCCGUAUCAACCGACAUGGACAAGGAAACGACGGAGCAGUUCAAAAUCCGCUUUAAAAGAAAGCGGGGGCGGGUUUGGGAAAUGGAGAAAUUGAAACAGAAGAAGUGGUGCUUAGAGCAAAUGAAAAGGGAGACGUCUCCAACAUGUGACCCCUUCAAGGCGAUAAUGGAUUCAGUGUCGGUCUUAAACAUGGAGAUGGAGGCGGCCCAGGACCACGUCAAAGCCAGCAUCAGGUCAAAGGAUAACUUGCAUCAUCUGAAGAAGAGGGCUCAGAGGUUGGUCAAAAGUCAAGCCAAUGUUUUAUCUACAAGCUUGAGUUCUGAUCUGAGCCAAGACUCGGAUCCUAAAAAGCCUGCGGUGGAAAGCAAUGACGACCUCGACGCUCAGAUCUGUAAGGAUCGAGGGCCAUUAGACGAGAGUCAAAUUACGAGUAAGGCCCUCAAGACCCCACUCGCCAUCAGCCAUAAAACAAAAAUGGAAGAACCCUUUCCGAAGAGCAGCUGCUGCUUCGAAGGUGAGCUCAAACCGAAACUGGAAGCUAACCUGUUGCCGAGGAUCAAACUACGACGAAGGGACGAUGAUAUCUGGGAAGUGGACAGCCACGAUGGGACGGUAACGGAGACCAAGCCCAAGCUGGAAAGACAAUACAGGAUGGAUUGUAUGCAGAGCGGUCUAGGUAAAGGGCUGGGCAAAGUAAGCAAAAUGGAAGGUAAAAUGAGCAGCAGCAGCAGAAGCGUCGAGCUCAAAGAGGAAUGCCCACACUUCUCCCUGUCCCUCUCGCCGCUGUCUCUGUACUCGCCGUUCAACGACAGCGCUGCCACCCGGGGGAUGGCGUCUUCUCCUGAUAGGACGACGGAGAGGUCGGUGGAGAUGAUGAGCAGUGUAGGCAGGAGGCCGCGGCACCGAGUGGAGCGAACGCGCCAGAGCGCUGCCACGGAACCGCCCACCACCUCUUGUCUUAGUCAUUCCCUCCAGCAGAUCGACAACAGUCUGUCCCGGCCCUCCGAAAGCCUGUGCGAAUCUCAGGCCUUGGAGAAAGCAGCCUUUCCCAGUGCGUCGUCCUCGGGGAUCCAGCCCUUGUCCCACUCGCCGCCCUUCUCGUCCCAGGACAGCAUGUUCAACACCGACCCCGGCUUCCUCAACUGCUGUGACGACCUCUUGGACUUCCAGUGUCUCAAUUUCGAAGGUUAUUAUCAGACGCAGGAAUGUCUGCCCACCUCACCGUCCGACCUCUGUCCUCUCGACCCCCCCACGGACCCCUUCAGCAGCCCCUUGUCCCAUAGCCCCUCGGAUGCUUGGAACCCAGAGACGCCCUAUCUCGGCCCACCUAGUCCAGGCAACAAUUUCGGCAGUGAAGAACUCCCGUUUUUGCCAAACCUCGGUUCUUCCAAAGGGGACUGUGUUCCUUUGGAUUAUACGGUGAAGGACAACCUCAGAGACAAAAUGCCGCUCACCACAAACUUCAGUUUCCCGUCUCUGAGCAGCACUGAGGCAGCAGCCAUGGAUAGAUUUUUGAAUAAAAACCCAGGGGCCAGGUCCAUGUCUAAAGAGGAGCCCAAAGUCCACCCCAUGACACUGGGAGGCAAACCUCCGCUGUUUGGUGAAGGUUUUGGCACUGCAUCGCAGUCUCAGAUGAACCCAGCCCAUCCCUCCAGUCCGGGUGCCAACUUCAAGACCAUCGCAAGCACCGGGCAGCCAAAGUCGCAGUCUCAUAUCCGGAGCAUGGGUCCGUUUCAUCGUGUGAACAUUCCCAACAAACCCAAAACCUUCCCCGGGAAUCAGCAUAACGCAGGGCCCCAAAGUUGCUCUGCUAAACCUGUCCAACCCCAGCAAACGACAAACAAAUUCUUCUCCUCUCAACUCUUUAAUGUAAAAAAUCCAACCCCUGCAGACAAUCUGUUCAACCUCCCGGACAAAAACUCUUCUGUCAUUCACAGGGUUCUGAAGUAUCAAGGAGGCAAGCAGACUCCCAAUCUGUGUAGCGCACCUUUCAAAGACAAUGUCCAGGAGGCCGGGAGCCCAUCUGCAAAGUUCAAAAGGUUCAGUGACCGAGAGAAGAGCCAGCAUAGUGACAAAGCUGGGGCUGGCCUAGACUACGGCAAAGGAAACUUUGUAAGUCAAGGGUUUACAUCCGACAAAGGUAUGGCACCUCAUUACAACUCUAAUCACCCUGUGACGACACACACUCACAGCAACCAAGGCAACCCUGUUUUCACCCAGUCAUUCACCAAGAGCAGAACAUUGUCUGACAAACCGCCGAGUGUUGAAAACAAUUUUGUACACACUAACUUUGCGUCACUACAGAGACCUUUCUUCUUUCCCAGCAAAGUGCCUGAGAGUUACGGGCCAACACACGGCAAACACCUAAUGGGUGACAAAACACAAACUCUGGCUCCUGACAAGCACCAGCAGUCAUACGCUCAGCACGACGCCUUUGACUUCAACCUCGCCCCCCCGGUCCCCCCGUCUCUGUUUCAGCACAACACGUACCAAGUACCCCACGGCGCACUGCCUGGUACACUAGCAUCGGCCAAUAAGACUCAGUCGUCGUCCUGCUCCGCCCCUUUCCCUCAGUCGUGUCACGGGCCUCCUUACGUUCUGAACUUCAGCGGGGACCACUCCCUCACGCUGGGCCUCCGGGACGGGGCCGAGAGUCUGACGUGCUCCGGCCUGGGUCCUACGAACUACACCUACCACUGCCUCAUGGAGCCCUCCGGAGCACAGGGCCGGCUGGUCCUGGAGCCCUGCGGACCACAGCUCUCCAACGCCGCCCCCUUCCCCCCGGGUGGGGGCUUUUCAGGUUUCAAAAGCCAUGAGGACGCUUACAAGAAGGACCCACAUCCACAGUGCCAUCCUGGAGACCGCCCGUCCACCUCCCACUCGUCCCAGUCCCACUCGUCCCAGUCCCACUCGUCCCAGUCCCACUCCUCCCACUGCGGACCCUCUACAUCGUCUCACUCCGUGGGCUCCAACAAGCCAAAGAGAGUGAGGCUCGUGGUCACAGAUGGCACUGUGGACCUGGACCUGCAGUACUCGGACUAGGACCGGUCCGCCCAGCGGAGCUCAGCCGCUCCGACCUGGACAUUCAGCCGCACAACGGGAGAUCUAAACGUCUCUGCGGUGCAAAUUAUAUCUUGGUUGCAGUUGUUACUGAAUGAUUUCUUGUUUUUUUAUGGGAUUGUUACAGAACGUUACUGAUUCUGGGGGAUGUUGUACAGACAUCUUUUACAUCGUUUUGACGUUGGUUUAGUUGUUACACCUACCGGUUUUCCAAGGUUUUCUAUGGAAAACGUAACCUGUACGCUAAUUGGGUCGGUCAUGGUUCAGCUGUGAUACCUGGGCCUCUUUCAAACUUCAACAUAACCUUUAAACCUACCAAUGGCUACCUGAAAGCAAUAUAAGUAACGUAUCAUCAUCAUCAUGUUAGUUGUAAGAAGUGUAGAUCAAUGCAUAAUCACUUACAAUUGAAGAUAUGAAAUCCCCCCUAUUUAAACGCCUUGGAUUAAUAAUCCAGUAGUACCAAAAUGAAAAUACAAAUAAGAGAAAUGCAUUCACCAUGUUGGUAGAGUUGACUCUGAACUGAAUGAAAUCUUUCCCAGUGUUUUACCUCCUGUACAAUGUAUGGCAGUAUAAACCGAGGCACCAAUUUCCCUUUUCUUGUAAUCAUGUGUAAUGGCAGCUUUGUACUCGACUCUUGAAUAACAAUGUGAUAUAUUGCGUUUUUUUUAAUUUAAUUCUAUACAUUUGUAUUAAGAACAUUUUACCCUAAUUUUGUAUGAAACAGCCACCAUGCGGUCAUCGCUCGGCCUCUUUCUGAGUCUCAUGAGAAGGAGCUGCUCUGACUGUGCAGGGCUGGGACCUGACCCGUGUGUCGUGGGCGGAACCACAAUGUUGUCAUUUUAGCCAACCGGGAUGGAUUAUCGUGAGCCCGUACGGAUAUCGACCUGUGACCUCGAGGUCACUGUGUGAUCGGCAGCUGGCCCUUUGGGUCGGCGCAGACUUUCUGGUAGAUCUGUGUGUCUUUGCAACACGGCAUAAAGGGGUGAUAUCAUGCCACCAGGUGUGAGUGUGAUCAGCCGUUACAAGGCGUUUUGAAAAUGUGCCUUUUCCUGUGUUUUAGUGACAUCACAAGUGGGAGUGUCCCCCAAGAUGUAUGCUAGAUAGACAGAGUCUACCAGCCUAGCCAGUGGACUGUAGCCAAUGUUGCUUGUAUCAUCAUCAUCGUACAUCUAGGUGGACCAUCCCCAUAGUGAUGUCACUAGGGCACGGAAGGAAAAGCAGAUCUUCAAACGGCUUGUAACAACUAAUCACACUCACACCAGUGGUGGCAUAACAUCCCCCAUUUAACUUUCAUUCACUCUCCCACCUAUAACCCCUGCUCCGCAAGCUCGGAACGUUCUAGCUCCCAAAGCCUCCACUUCGACCGGCUCUAGUAAAGUACCGUGCUGUUACAGUGUGCGUCCUUUAGCUCACCGUGUGCACACGUGUGUCUGGUACAUGCGUGCACCUCCGUGUAUCUCACGUGCAGCGAGUGCAUCUCGCGUUGAACCGGGGCCGGCCAUGCAUAAAGGGAAGGGCUGGCGCAUAAUACGGCGUUCUUUCAAACUAUUCCCACGAGUGGGAAUACAGAAUUCCAGGACAGCUCUGUUGGGGAAUGACGCGCAUGAAGGGCCUGGCAAGCAUCAUUUCCAUUAUCAUUGAAUUUAUAGACCUUGUUAUAUCACCGCACCCCCACCUACACGCGAACAAAUACAAUAAUGAUGACGAAUUAUAACUUCGUUUGGCCCCACAAGAACUCUGAGCAGAAACAUUGCAAUAGAAUAUUCCAGGGGUUUUCAUAGUUAUUCACUGUAACAUGGUGUAGAAGAAUACACCAAGAGCAUUCCGCGACGCAUGCCAUUUUGUGUGGCGCUUCACUUAGCAUCCUGCGUUCAUCCAUUCGUUCCCGUGGCGACCAUGGGCCUGUACUGUACUGUUUAUAUGGAAAGGCCAAUUAUUAAUUUAAAUAUCCUCAUUCUUGAAAUGGUGCUCUUUGUGUUUAUGUUAUAUUUUAUUUAAUUGAACAAGAUGCUGAACUGUAUAUUUACUUAUUUAACUUUAAAUCAAGUUUGACCUAUUAACAGACCACAUUUUGCGUAUAUUGUUUGUUUUUUCCCACGUUGUCGAAAGUGAUACUCAUGCCAAUUUGAACUGGCAUUCCGGAUAGUCUACUGUCAUGUACAAAUAUAGCCUGAGUCAUUAAAGAUAAAUAUUUCAUUUUUUUA